AUGUAUAUUUUCUGGAAAUUUGGAAGAAUUAGUGGAAAACGAUUGAUUCACGAUGAACGAAGGAUUAUUUCAUUUAAAACAAUUGAUAGGGCUGAUGAAGGAGCUAUAGUAUAUUUAUUUGGGUGGUUUUUACCAUAUAAACGUAAAUUAAGCCGUUGGAUACAGUUUUACGGGUUGCGAGAUAUAUUCGGGAAGACAAUACAAUUGGUUUUACGAGAUGCAAGAGAGGAACUUAUAGAAAAAGUUGAAAAAGUGUCAGCAGAAAGUGUAGUUGAAGUGAAAGGAACAAUUCAAUUGCGACCAAAGAAAGAUCAGAUGAUAGGAGAAAUAUUGGAAGUAGAUAUGAAGGGAAUUCGUGUGAUUAAUAGGGCGAAAGCAUUGCCAUUUCUACCGAUGUUUGUAUCAUCAGUAAACUCAAGUAUACGAGCAAAAUAUCGGUAUUUAGAACUUCGUAAUCCUAUGAAUCAAAAAGCUCUUUGGUUACGAGCAAAAGUAGCAAAAGAUAUUCGGGAUUUUUUUCAUCGACGGCAGUUUCUUGAGGUGGAGACUCCUCUUUUAUUUAAAUCGACAGCAGAAGGUGCUAGGGAAUUUAUUGUGCCGACACGACAGAAUGGGUAUGGGUAUGCUCUUCCGCAAUCACCACAACAAUAUAAGCAAAUAUUAAUGUCUAGUGGAAUAGGCCGGUAUUAUCAGCUUGCAAAAUGUUUUAGGAAUGAAGAUUUAAGAGCUGAUCGUCAGCCAGAAUUUACACAGUUGGAUUUGGAAAUGUCGUUUAUAAGUCAAAAAGAUAUAUGUUCUAUUAUAGAAACGUUAUUAAGACAAUUGUGGAAAAAAUAUCUUGGAAUAGAGAUUAUGGUUCCGUUCAGAAGAAUGUCUUAUGAAACAGCGAUGUCGAAAUAUGGUUCAGAUAAACCAGAUUUAAGAUAUGGGCUUGAGAUUCGGAAUAUAACUUCUUUUUUGGCACCUGUUGCUUCAAAAUAUCCUAUUGUAGAUGCAAUUAUUAUUAAAAAUGGUUUAGCUAUAUCAAAAAAUAGAUUUCAAAUAAUUAGUAAAGAAAUAUCAACAUAUCAUCAACCAAUUAUUGUUUAUAUUCAUUCAUUAGAUAGAUUAGAAACAUGGAUAUCAAAAACGCCGUUUUCUCUAUCAUCUAUAAAUAACAUGAAACAAUUAAAUAACUAUUUAGGACUUGAAGUCAACGACGUUAUUUUUUUAUCUCAACGCCCUAUAAAACACUCAGGUAAUCUAACGCAAUUAGGGCAUGGUCGACAGCUGUUAUAUUAUGAAUGUGUAAAACAUAAGUUGAUGCCUUCUUUUUCGGAAAAACAAUUUGAAUUUGUUUGGAUUAAUGAAUUCCCCCUUUUUUCUUAUGAAAAGGAUGAUUCGAAACAAGGUGAAGCCCGUGUAUUUAAAUCUACGCACCAUCCGUUUACUAGUCCUUUGGAAGAUGAUAUUUAUUUACUUAAAAAAAGUCCUGAAUCUGUACGAGCAGAUCAUUACGAUAUUGUUGUUAAUGGAAUAGAACUUGGAGGAGGUAGUAUUAGAAUUCAUGAUAUAGCUUUACAAAAGUAUAUAUUAGAAAAUGUUCUUAAGUUGUCUCAAAAUGAAAUUAAUGAGUUUUCCCAUCUUUUUGAAAUUUUGUCAAGUGGUUGUCCUCCUCAUGGAGGUAUUGCUCUUGGAUUCGAUCGUUUGGUUGCUAUCUUACAUGGAACAAAUGUCAUUAGAGAUGUUAUUGCAUUUCCUAAAACAUCUUCAGGCGUAGAUCCUGUCGUAAAAAGUCCAGGGAAGAUAUCUGAUAGUGUUUUAAAAUAUUAUAACCUUUUAUAA